UGCAUUUCAUGUGCGAGGCCCCUAUAGCCUUUGGCCUUAACCACUGCAUAAACGAAUGUUUCCCCCCUGACUCCAACCUCCUAUCACGAUUUGUUCUCUAUCUUCCACCAUCUUUCUUUGGUUAGAUCUCUGUACCGAAAGUGACGCAGAAAUUGCAAGCAUGGCUGAAGCAGAUGAAACCCAGAAGAAGAAGAGGACCUUCAGGAAGUUUACCUUCCGGGGGGUCGAUCUUGAUCAACUACUGGAUAUGCCAAAUGAGCAGCUGAUGGAUUUGAUGCAUGCAAGAGCACGUAGGCGCUUUUCUCAUGGCUUGAAAAGGAAAUCUAUGGCUCUCGUCAAGAAGCUACGCAAGGCUAAAAAAGAGACACCACCCAAUGAAAAACCUGAGAUUGUCAAGACUCAUUUACGCAACAUGAUCAUUGUGCCAGAAAUGGUUGGUUCAAUUGUUGGUGUAUACAAUGGCAAAACUUUUAAUCAAGUUGAGAUCAAACCAGAAAUGAUUGGCCAUUAUCUUGGAGAAUUCUCUGUUACAUACAAACCUGUUAAACAUGGUAGACCUGGUAUUGGUGCUACCCACUCUUCAAGAUUUAUUCCACUCAAAUAAAAUGUUUUUGUCUAUCUUUUGUCAAUAAAUUAUCAAAAAUGUCACGAAUAAAUUAA